AUGUCAGAACUCAACUCGACGUCGCCAUCGACGAGCGAGCUCGGCGACCUCGUUGACGAGGCCGAGAGCGACGAGGCAAACGCGGACAACACGGAUGACGAGGACGCGGUCGAAGACAUCCUUUAUAUGCGUGGUGCCACCUUCACGAUACAUCUGGAUGCCCCGGUCGAGAAUUCCACCGUGAAUGCGACGAAGAUAAACGAGGCGAACGGCGCGGAUCGGAUCGAGCUGCGCGCCACGUCUCAGGGCCCAAAUCUGGAGCAAAAACUUCCAUCCACAAUGGAAAGCAUCGUGAGCACUGAACCAGCGUGUUCCUUGGACUGUGGACCGGCUGGAAAUUGUUAUAUCGAGCAAUCUCGCGGAGACGAAGUCGAUGUGGUGAUCGAAGACGACGACGACGACGACGGAACCAUGGAUCUCGAGGGCAAUACCGUGAACUUCAGACGAAAACAAGGGACGUUCAGACAAAGAUGCCAGUGUCCACUCGGAAGAGGUGGAGAUCGUUGUCAGCUCGAGGCUGAAGUGAGAUCACCACGAUUCACUGGAUCAGGCUGGCUAGCUUUUCCCGCCUUAAGGGCUGCUUAUAAACAUGUUCAAUUAGAAUUGGAAUUUCGGCCAGAAGCGUGGGAUGGGGUGCUUCUUCUAGCGGGAGAACGAGAUGAUCUUCAGGGCGAUUUUAUGGCCUUAAUACUGCACCAUGGUUUUAUCGAAUUCAGGUUCGAUUGCGGCAGCGGCGUGGGCACCGUGAGGAGUACGGAAACGGUGAAGUUGAACGAGUGGAACACCCUGAGUGUCUACCGACAUCGAUGGGACGCCUGGAUCCAGCUGAAUCAGGAGAAGAGGGUGGAGGGACGGUCGAAGGGCUUGUUCUCGAGAAUUACGUUCCGCGAGCCGCUCUUCGUCGGCGGGCCCGGAAACACGACCGGUUUGGAGCGACUUCCGGUGAGGACCGGAUUUAAGGGCUGCAUCCGGCAUUUGGAGGCGAACGAGCACCAUUAUCGCUUCCCAUUGGCCCCGCAGGGCGACGCCGCGAAUGGAUUCGACAUCGAGGAGUGCACGGCCGACAGGUGCAGUAAGGUGCCGUGUUCCCACGGUGGAAAAUGCCUGACAACCGGAGGCGACACGGCUGUCUGUCUCUGCCCGCUCGGCUACACAGGUGAUCUCUGCGAAACCCGGGUGGACCUGCAGGUUCCAUCCUUCAACGGAUCCUCUUACCUACGUUAUCCAGGAUUGGCGGACACGUCGCUGUCGUGGUUGGAAUUGUCCGUCACGUUAAAACCGACCGCGCCGGACGGCGUGAUACUCUACAACGGCCAUCACAGCGACGCUACCGGUGACUUUAUUGCUCUCUAUCUCUCCUCGGGCCACGUGCAGUUCACCUUCGACCUCGGAACAGGACCUGCCACUUUGAGAAGCGAAAAUCCGGUUCGUCUUGGCGAGUGGGUCGAGGUUCGGGUUUCCAGGACGGGUCGUUUGGCAUCCCUAGAAAUUGAGGACGAUCCGGCCCAGGAAAUCCUGGCGCCCGGAGCGUUCACGCAAUUAUCCUUACCGCUGAACCUCUAUUUGGGCGGCGCACCGUCCUCCGACAUGUACUCGCCGAAGAUGAAAACUACGGCCAGCUUCGUCGGCUGCAUUCAGACGAUCGUGCUGAAUAAUCGCGAGGUGGGUAUCCUGGCGGAAGCGCUGGGCGGGGUGAACGUAGGAAAUUGUGGGCACGCUUGCGAAGCCAGGCCUUGCGGGGAUGCAGAAUGCCGGCCCCUUCGCGAGCGAUUUACCUGUCGGUGCCGUCCAGGUGUACCACACCCUUGUCCUGCACCAGACGAUUAUACCCCGCUGGUCCCGCCGCCGGCAAGAGCCAGCAACAACGCCAUAGCGUCUGUGAGAUACGAAAGGGCUGUGCCCAGCUUCACCGGCAGCGAGAGCUACCUACAUUAUAACGAUGCCGACACAAUGAAAAGGAUAAUUAGCUACAGGGUAGACAUCAAUAUGAGAUUCCGCGCCAGCAGCAGCAGCGGCCUGCUGCUGUGGAGCGGCCGCCAGUCGGAUCCUCAAGAACAAAGGGAUGAGAACGAUGAUUUCCUCGCCCUCGGCCUGGAUCACGGUUAUCUCACUCUCGCGUAUAAUUUGGGUUCCGGGGAAGCCGUGCUGCGGUAUAAUCUCACGCGAUUGGAUGACGAUCUGUGGCAUCGUAUCAGGGCCGUUAGAAACGAGCAAUGGGCAUCUCUUGUAGUAGAUAGUGGUACUGGUGUCUCAGCAUCUUCCCCAGGGCAACUGAGACAACUAAAUACCGAUACUGGUCUUUACGUUGGCGGUGCGCCGGACAUCGUGAGGACAACGGGCGGCAGGUACACGAAGGGCAUCGUGGGCUGCAUCAGCGACCUCGUGCUAGACUCGGACUUCUCCGUCGCCCUGUCUUCGCCCGCACAGGCGACCAAUACACACUCAUGCAUCCCCUGAAAGAGAGAUAUCCGUGCCGUCCGACGUCAGGUGAUGUUGUCGGGUCCAUCCCGAAGCUAGGAUAUGAAAAUUUAAGGAUAACGUAUAUCACAUCGCGGUGAAGUAGCCGCGGCAGAUAGUGCUCCACGAAAGUGCAUCUGUGUGCAUCUCUCGAAUGUGCAUCCAUGCGCGGUCGCGUGUAAUAUCCUACGCGCGGCUCAUCACUUUUGUACAGACUCAUCCUUCCACGGGUGGAAACUCUCGAGAAGAUGGAGAUUGAGUGGGUCGGCAACCGACCAUCGUCGUGCGCGGCCAUGUCGAGUGGUAGGCGGUUUUACUGUAAAUAUUAAUAGGGCAAACCGAAAUACCGCGAAGAUAUCUAUCGCUUGCCUCGCGGCAUUGAUCCUCGGCGUUGCGACUUCCUAUCGAGUUUUAGUUUUAGUUGCGCGGCUGGUAGAAUAAAGUUCGAUCGAAAAACAAACUGUGUAAAUAAGACAACGGAAUGAUUUCCCGACGACAAAGUUAUCGAGAUGUCGAAAAAUUGCUGCGAAAAGUGAUACCCGUCGUAAUGCGGUUGAAUGAUUUUAAUCGUUCAUCAUUGAAAGCUUAGUUGACGCGCAUUGACUUAGUUAAAUUACAAUUACUAAAAAAUUACAAUUACUCCACUUGUGAUCAUGCUUCUCAAAAAGUCAGAUCAUUAAUAUAAGAAAGAAAUUAAUUUUAAAGACAAAUUUAUAUGAUUUGAUAAGAUUUCUGAAAUACAGCAAUGUGAUUUUAUAUAUAUAU